GAGACUGUUGCACUCGCGUGGAACACUCACCAGAUGGACACCGAAGACCUUGCGGCGGUUUAUGAGUUCGGAUUCCGAAACUAACAUCGAAGGUGCCAAUGAGGCUGCAUAUAAGGUCAACGAUUCAACAUUGAGCGCACUGUCGUCCAAUGGCUUAGAAUCGAGCACACUACUCGAGGCUCCACAGGCGGACAGAGAACCUUCCGAGCCACUACUAAAUGAGAAUAAAAUAUGGUGGGAGUACGUCCGCAGCGGAGGCUGGUGGGGCGCCGUGUAUCUCCUCGCUGCUGCCACCGCCCAGGCAAUGAUAGUGGCCGCGGACUGCUGGCUCUCACAGCUGGCUCAAAAUAAUAAACAAAAUCCAUUCAAUAGUGAACAGAUCUGGUCGAUGUUACAAACGUACGCGUUAUGGUGUGUGUCCGGAGUGUCAGCGGGAGCGCUCGCACAAGCUGCGUGCGCAUGCGCCGGGGCCGCCGCUCGACGUCUGUUGCACGACAAACUGCUGCGAGCCACGCUCAACGCUCCACUGCAUCACCAUCACACGACCCCGCCGGGCGCCUACUGCCAUCGAUUCUCAGCUGACGUAUCCAUCAUUGACAAGAAGUUACCAACUGCAGUGAGUCGCUGGAGUCAACUAGCUAUGUUGUGUUUGGCAGCGUUGCUCGUGAAUAUCAUUCUCUCUCCGUGGACGUUACUAGCUCUGUUACCUGCGUUCCUCGUUUACAUCGCACUGCAAACUGUUUACUUGAGGACCGCUAGUGAACUGCAGCGCUUGGAAGCGACCAGUGCGGCGAGAGUUGUGUCACUGACGACACAGUGCAGUGUCGGCGCGGGCACCGUACGGGCGGCCAACUUGCAGAACAAACUGCGGGAGAUCUUCCAAGCCCGAGUCGAUGACAACCACAACACAUUGCUGCUUCUGAACUCUGCGAACCGGUGGCUUGGACUGGGCCUUGACCUGGUGGGUAUGUCGUGCGUGCUCACCACCCUGUGCGUGGCUCUGCACAGCGACAGCGCGGCCUCUGUGGCGGGGCUGGCCGGCAGCUACUCCCUGCUGCUGCCCGUGUACCUGGCGCACCUCGCCAAGUGCCGCGCUGACCUCCGCCUGCAGCUCGGCUCUCUGGAGCGGAUCUUGACCGAUAUUAACGCGCCGCAAGAGGACUAUAGAGAUGAAUGUUCAAUUCCAUCCGGGUGGCAACGAAGUGGCAAAAUUGAAUUUCAACAGGUCGAUGUCCAACAUCAGCCUGACUCACCAAUUAUUCUCAAGAGCGUCAAUCUCACUGUUAACCCUGGACAAAAGAUUGCAGUUUGCGGCCGUAGUGGUAGCGGCAAGUCUACUUUGUUGAUGACCUGCAUCGGGGCAACCACCAUUCGAAGCGGUCGAGUUCUGAUAGACGGGCAGGACAUCACUCGCGUCCCGCUCAAAGCGCUCCGCCAUCGUAUUGUCGUGUUGCCACAAGAAUCUAUUUUGUUUUCCGGAACUUUGAGAGAGAAUUUAGAUCCACUGGCGGUACAUACGGAUGAAGAGAUCUGGCGAUGUCUGAGAGUGGUCGGGCUGGUUGACUUUGUGUCGGCACAGUCAGCGGGGCUUGAGUGCCCGGUGAGCGGGGCGGGCUGGAGCGGCGGCCGCGUGUGCCGCGUGUGUGCGGCGCGAGCGGCGCUGCACGCGGGCCCGGCGGCCGCGCUGCUGCUGGACGAGCCGGCCGCCGCGCUCGACGGACCCGCGCAGCGCGGCCUGCUGCGGGCCAUGGCCGCCCUGGUGCCGCAGACCACCGUACUCACCGUGGCGCACCGAAUAUCAUCAGUGACAGACUACGACAGCGGUGUGACACUUGACGGUGGGCGCGUGGUGGAACGCGGGAACAUUGACACACUGCUAUCGGAUCCCUCGAGUAGACUAUCAAGGAUGACAGCAUCACCCGCCCAACUAGUAUGACACCAACUCCACAGAUAACGACAAUCUGUAGCUAAACUAAAAAACAAAUGAGACUAAACAUCGUAUGUCUCAAGGUGACGAGCGUAACUGUAGUACCGCUCAGAAUUUUUGGAUUUCUAAAGAAUCUUAACCAGCACUACAGUGUAAUGGGCAGGACGUAUCAAAUACCAUCAGCUGAACGUCCUGCUCGUCUCGUCCUUUACUGUCAUAAAAAAAAAACAAUAAUCAAUACGUAUGAAAUUAGGAUAACCCUUAUUUCAUUUUUAUUAUGUAACUGGUAUUAUAACCCAAAAAAUAGCUACUUAAUAAAAGGUACUGUGUAAUGUAUGUAUGAAUUACAAAUUUAAUUAUGCAGUAAUGCUAGUUAACCAAAUAUUCUUAACGACUGCCAUUUUGCAGUAAUUUUUUAUCGGUCAUGAACUUGUCAAGUACUUACAUUAAAUAUUUUUUUUUCAUCAUAGUCACAACUGUACUCAAAUAAUAUAUUAUGUAUGUUAAUUAUUAUAAGAAUUGUUGGAUAUAAUUUUAAGUUUUAACAGAAAGCCAUAAACUGUAUGAAAUUUUCCAAAUCUAUGUUUGGCCAGUUUGAGUAAUAAUUAAGAGACUGAUAUUAUGAUUAAUAUGACAAUGAAAAUGGCGGCGGUACAUUCAAGUGUGGGUGUGACGUUGCCAUUGUAAUAACACUUGUCUUAAUAUGGGAUGUUCUUUGGGGACCGGGGUGGACAGAUACUAAUUUGACUACUAAUUGAGUGUGGUUUAUUUGUAGGCGGAAAUUCUUGUAUUACUAAACAGAGCAAUAUUCGGAUGUGAAAUUGAAUGUACCAGACUACUGUAUUUAGACAACAAUUGAAUUAAUAUUAAGUAAAAAGUUGUUUAAUAAUGAAGAAAUUAAUCCAAACUUGAAAAAUGGCGCGAAAAAGUGGCUUUUGGGUGCCACUUUUUAACAGCUUCCAACGCAUUUAAGCCACGCCUCCUUUCCAUCCAUCUUGAAUCUUAUACUAUGUAUUUUUAUUCUCAUCAUGAUUUGUAUCUCGUUAAUAUUCAGUAUUAUACUCAUUAACAGUUUUUUGUUAUUUUUAAAGUGAUAUCCUUCACUUCUCGGAUUAAUUAAAUUAAAUUUGUAACCAAAAUUUAUGAACAAUGCGGGACUCGAACCCGCGACCUCUCGGGUUCCGUCCAAGCGCUCUUCCAACUGAGCCAACCGUUCGAAUGACGCAUAGUUCGUAAAUCUUGGUAUGACUUGUUCAACUCUCAGGUUGUGGGUCCAUCUACAGGAUCUACUUUACAUCAUCAGCAUAGUUCAUAAAUUUUGGUUACAAAAAACUCAUUAUCCAUUUUAAUUUCCAUUCACCCUAGUCUACUGCAACCUGUGUAAUAAAUAAAAUAAAUAAAUAAAUAAUACAA